AAGCGAGCACAGUUUUGCAGAUUCAUUUACAACAAAUUACAAGAGAAAUAAUAAAAAAACGAGAAAACUGGUGGAAAAAAUAAAUUUAAAUUGUAAAAUUCCUCAAAUAACUGAUGUCAAUAACGCUGGACGUAAAUGCAUUCCUCAAUAAAGAUGUCUGUACAACGGGGUGUGAUGAUAUUAUCAUGGAAAAAGAAAUGGAAACAAAUAUAUUUGAUGAAAUUGAACAUUUAUUGAAAUUUAAUAAGAAUUUGGAAUUCGAAAAUCAACAUAAAAAGGAGGUGCAGGAAGAGGAGCCGCGCAAAAAGAAAGUAGAGGAACCAAAAAACAAAGAUGCCAUUAAUUUGGAUUUCCUUAAUUCAACCUCUGAUGAUUUCUUAUUGACCUCCGAUAGUCAGAGUUUGUUGGGUGAGGAUACUUUAUUAUUUACGGUGGAGCAGGAUCGUUUGCAACCGGUUUCUUCUAGAUUUAUGGUGCCCGGCAUUUACAAACGUAUAGAGGGUGUGGCCUCUAGUGAAAACAAAACAGAGGUAAAGAAAUCUAAUGUCUUUAUAAGUGAAUUAGAAAAGCGCGGACGCAUUAUAACACAAAAAGAUUUUGAACGUUUGUAUAUGCAAACGGAGGAAAAUGAAAAUCCACCUUUAAGAAGAGUUAUAUUACUGCAACCAAUGGAAAGUGACGAUGAUGAGGAAUUGGCCCCGAAAUGCCCAGAUGAAGUGGAGAAUCAUGUGGUACAGAAAGAAAAUUCUAUUAAGGACAAAAUACCCAAAGAAUGGGAUGCAUUAAAUCGUUUGGCCUAUGAUAUUUUAAAAUUGACAAAUCGUGAUCAUAUCGUCAUAGAUCGCAAGAAAAACGAAAUAGUUAGAACUCAAUUUAAUACUCACCAAAAGACCAUCUAUAGAUUUUUAUCACCAGAAAUUUUGGGCUUAAAACCCCCAGCAGAAGGAGAAGCUAAUGUCAUUGACGUAGAAGAAGAAAAUAAAUUUCAAAUGAAUCAAAAAUUGGUUAAUAAACUAGGAAGACCGCGUAAAAGAUUGCAGGAGGUUAAAGCGGUGAAAAAAUCGAAUAAAAUAAGUAAAAAACAAGAAACAACAAAUCCAUCUUUGGCAGACAAUAAACCAGUUACAAAAGUUAAUACCCGCACCAGAUCAGGACGUAUAGUAAAGACUGUUAAUAGCACACAAGAUCAAACAAAUCUAAUACUACCACCUCCCUCGCCGCAAGAAGCCAUAACAAAUUUAUUAAAUGAACUAAAAGACUCUGACUAUCAAUGCAGUAAAUUGAAAACUGCACCAGCCCCCAAAGAUGAAACAGUCCCACCAUUGGAAUCCUCUACAGAAGUACAACAAUCACCCAAAAGAAAAAUACCACCAGAAGCCAUUUGUCCUACUUGUAAGAAAAUCUUUUUGGGCAAAAGAUUACAAAGACAUUUUGCCCAACAUCCCGAACAUAUGCAAAUAACCAACAAUACCACAACUCCAGCACAAACCACUAAUAAUUCCGAAUUUACUCAACCCGUAGAAGAAAUGUCACUCUUUCGUUUCUUGAUCUCAAAACUACAAAAAUCCCAAACACUCAAUGAAGACCAAAAGGCUGAUCUUUUUCUCAAUGAACUCAACGAUCUGGUGGAACAAUUGCAACUAAGAAGUUCUCGUUUAAUACGCAAUACAUCAGGUUUACAUUUUGUUAAUCAGCGUUGCUCCAAGCUCUUGGGCAUACCAGAAGGACAAUAUGCAUUAGAUCUAACUGCCAUAGAAGCACCACUCGAUCCAGAACUUACCAAUCAGUAUGAUAACUCACACUCCCAGACGCAUCAUCUCUCACAACCCACUAACAUAAGCACUCGCAGCCUGGACUACACUAAUCUCUCCAUAACACUCGAUGAUACUCUUACCGAUGAGGCAGCUCAAAAAUUAAAUUUAUCCGCUGGCGGCAAACUGCUGCCACCUUCAGAGGAGAGUCUCCUGAGGGCAGUAGACGAUUUGGUACAGACUGAUAUAAAUAAAAUCCAUGCGUCUUCCAUGCUACAACAGCAACCUAUAGCCAGUACCAGCUGCCUGUCAGCAUCAUCAAAUACCACUUCAGUGGUAGCCAAACUCUUGCCUCCCCACAUCGAUCAUGCCAGUGAUAAUGCUGUCGAGGCGGUGCAUAUGAAAGAGACCACAACAACGGUUAAUGCCUCGGAUACGCCUUUACUGGAUUUAUCGGUGGACUUUUUUCAAUUUAAUAAUUAAAUUGUGGAGACCAUGAUGCUGAAUUUUAACAAACAUUUAAAAAACUAACAUUUUUGUACAGUUUAUAAAUUAAGUAUUACGUAGAAAGUUUAAUAAAUGCCGAAAGUAAAAUGCUUUUAUUAACAAAUCAAGCUGAA